GGACGUUGUAGAGGAUGGGGGAUCUCUCCGCCCACAUAAUCUUUGUUGUCGCGCUAUGUGGCUUUCACUGGUCCUGUAUCGCGGAGGAUAGACUUCUAACUUGCUUGGUGUGGUAGCCUGCAGCAACAGCAGCCUGCGGUUUAUCUGCGGAGGAGAAACGGGGACAGCGACGCGGAGCGAGAACUCAUAGACUCAGCCAUGGCUACUGAAACAGCGUCGACUUGCACUGGUUCUACUUUACUGCAACCGAUUAGCGAUAUAAUCAAUCUCCCAUUGGACCAGGUGAACUUUGUAGUGUGCCAGCUGUUUGCCCUGCUGACGGCUGUGUGGUUCCGCCUGUACCUCCACCCCAGUAAGACCAGCACCUUCGUCAGACACGUGGUGGCCACACUGCUGGGCUUCUACCUGGCUCUCUUCUGCUUCGGCUGGUAUGCCUUACACUUCCUGGUGCAGAGUGGGCUGUCCUACAGCAUCAUGAUCUUCGCUGGCCUGGAGCACAUGCACAAGUACUGUUUUGUGGUGGCUCUGGGUUACCUCAGCUUCUGUCAGAUAACACGUGUCUAUGUCUUUGACUACAGCAUGUACUCUGCAGAUUUCACUGGACCAAUGAUGGUCAUCACACAGAAGAUCACCAGCCUGGCGUUUGAGAUACACGACGGUCUGGCCAAGAAGGAGGAGCAGCUGAGCUCCAGUCAGAGAUACCUAGCUGUCAGGAGGAUGCCCAGUCUGCUGGAGUACCUGAGCUACAGCUGUAACUUCAUGGGGAUCCUGGCAGGCCCCACCUGCUCCUACAACGACUACAUGGCGUUCAUGGAGGGCACAGGCUACCACAGCAUCACAGAGGCCAACGGCAAGGAGAACGGGAAGUACAAGAUCAACCACCCCUCUCCUAAGAGUGACGUGAUCUCCAAGCUGUGCACGUGUGUAAUCUCUCUGGGCGUCUACCUGUCCAUCUACAAGAUGGUCCCAGUGGAGCGCUCCAUAGACGACAGCUUCAUCUCCUCCACACCCUUCUACCAGCAGGUCAUCUACCUCUACCUCUCCAUGCUCUCCCUGCGGCCCAAGUACUUCUUCGUUUGGACCCUGGCUGAUGCCAUCAACAACGCCGCAGGCUUCGGCUUCAAUGGCUACACCAGACAGGGUAUCCCGCGAUGGGACCGCAUAUCAAACCUCAGAAUAAUGGACAUUGAAUUUGCCACCAGUUUCAAAACGUUCCUGGACAACUGGAAUAUCCAAACAGCACUUUGGCUCAAAAGGGUGUGUUACGAACGCUGUCCCAUCAACCCCACAGCGGCCACCUUCCUUCUGUCAGCCAUAUGGCACGGAGUGUAUCCUGGGUACUACCUCACCUUCCUCACGGGCAUCGCCAUGACGAUGGCCGCUCGCGCAAUAAGACACAACGUUAGACCCCACUUCCAGGGCUCCCUGACACACCAGCGCAUCUAUGACGUCAUCACGUGGGCGGGGACGCAGGUGGCCAUAUGCUACACUGUGGUGCCCUUUGUCCUCUUGGCCGUGGAGACGUCCCUAAAGUUCUACAAGUCUUGGUACUUCUGCAUACACCUGCUCUGUCUGCUUCUGGUGCUGCUCCUCCCAGUGAAGCCCCGGCACCUGAGGGCCAAGGAGCAGCAGGCCAACAGCCUGGAAGUCGACAGCCUGCAGCCAGACAGCGGGAAACACAACCACCACUCGGCCACAGACAACAACUGCAACCAGAAACACAAAAGCACAUGAGGCACGGACAGCAGCCCACCGUGCCACGCAGACACUGACACAGGCUGACACAGGCUGAGCCAGUCAGAGACCUCGGACACAGAGACAAGUGUGGUGACUGUGGGUUCUUUCACCCCCAGAGAACCAAAUAAACAGAUUCAACAGGCAGACGUCCACAACAUGUCAAGACCCUCCAGUAGCAAGGACAACAGCAAUCACUCGGACACAGAGAAAGGAUCCUUUAGACAGUAGUGUUUUUUAGCCCUAUAAAAGGCUAAGUGGAAUAAUACUUACAUUGAGCCUGGAGUUGUUAAAUGACAGGAUGCAGAAGAAUGCUAAAUGACUUUGAAGUUGCCUUAAACCCUCUCUGUACUCAGAAGUAGGCUAGUGGCCUGGUGCAGAUAUUUCAGGGUGGGGUGGUUGGGGAGGGAAUCGGGAGUCUUGUAGCUUUAGGUAAUGAGAUGCAGUAUUACCACAGUGGAAUAGAGGGGGUUAUACAGACAGACAGGUACUGUAGAUCAAGGUACAGUAGAGGGUUUUUGUCAUUGUCUGAAAGCCUUUAAAUGAGGCGGAACACAAAUGUUUCAGUGUGCAAAUUAAAUAUACAAUUUUUUGUCAGUUGCCAAUUUCAAACAGGCCUUAGGACACUCUAAACUUUAAAAUUACUUUCAUUUUGCUUAUUUUGGGGGGAUAUUUUCACAUCUGUUUUUCAUAUCUGCUGCUUUCAAAUGAUUCUCAAAAGGGAGGGUAAUUAUGGGGACAGUUGCUUUUUAUGUUUUAGUUUUGUAUUUGUUUGAAGGGCUUUUAGGUGAAGGUAAUACUCUGUCUUUAUUCUUCUUCAACAAACUGUAGGUUUCCUCUUAGUUCAAAUGUUUUAAUGAUCUCUGCAAUAUCAAAUAUCGUGAGUAGCUACACUUGUUUAAAAAUCUACAAGUAGGCUAUGAUCAGGGUGAUAAAGAAUUGUUUACAACAUGAUUUUACAGUAUUUAAAUACUGUUUGUUGAAAACAUCCAGCUGUAAGUCUAUGUACAGUUUGGUUGUAACUGUAUGAUUUGAGUUGUAUGCUGACAUGAUAUGAACAUAUGAUACGUAACCAUACUGUAUAAGUAAAUGAAUGUGGGAUGUGGCUCACAGUAUGUUAUAACAUAUGUACGUAUGUAAAAAUUAGUCACUUACCGCUUCAUAACAAAGUCAAUGAUAAAGAGUUACAUUCAUAUUGUCCAGGUGAAAUCAUUCAUCAGCCAGACUAGAAACAUCAAAUGGAAGAUUUUUAGCCCAACAUUUGGCUGUGGGGAAACCUGCUGUAUAUAAUUUGCUUUGUGUUUGUUGGUUUGUUCUGUUAGGGUUAGGUAGGUAACCAUCUCUUGGGACUGCCUGUGGUGUAAGAUAAGACAGGUUCCUAGUCUUGUUGUGUACUGUGACCCAAACACCCUAUCGCCUUCUGUAUCACCUUAUAACCCUCUAUAGUAACAAAAACCAUUGUUAGGGAAAAUAAACUACUCCUGGCCUCAGUAUUCUGGCACACACAAAAGAGGGAUAUUAGGAAGGUUUUUGUGGGUUUCAAAGCACACUAUUCUAACCUUGGGCAGUCAGAGGAGCAGAUGAGGCAGUGAAUCUGAUGGCAGUCUAUAUCAACCAUUUUGGGGGGAAGUUUUUUUUUAUGAAGAGUAACAGCAAAGUAGCAGACACAAUUGUUCUAACUGUAAACUCUUUGACCUUUUUCUUCCUAACAUGUGCAUACUCCUGCCAUAAUUGUGUGUAUUUCUGUGAUUCUUAGAUGUUGGUGUGGUGUCAGAGUACACUGUAUUUGUAGCUAGGGCCUGUAAGCCCAGAGAAGGGAAGGAAUGUCAUUUUACCAACAUGGCAACUUUUGCACUGCAUGGCCACCCAAACCAGCAGAACAAUGCAAACUGCUCCAUAUGUCCAAAGUGCCAUAUCAUAAAUGGCGCAUAUAUGUUUUAUGUUUGUGUGAAGAAAAACUGUUAUUUUUGUGUCAGAAGGAAACUUAUGGAAAGAUUUGUAUAACAGUACUUUGAAAUCUGAUUUAUGUCGUUAAAUAAAGAGAAUUAUUUUUAAACACUAAUACAGAGAGAU